UAGACACUUUAAAUUCAUUACCAAAGAGUUGAGCAAUUUCAACAUUAACACGUUUCACAUGAUGUCAAACGUUUUAAUGUGAUAAUGGAGACGAUGCGUCCGCUCAUUAUACUUCUCGUUGCAACAUUUGAUUAUUGUUUGGGCGGUAAAACGACACUCGUUAAACUUGAACACAAUGGCUAUAUAGAUGUAGUUGUAGCGAUUGGUCCAAAAGUGGACGAGAAUACGACAAUCAUUACUGAGUUGAAGAAUAUGAUAGUUGAUGCAUCGCACUAUCUUUAUAACGCAACAAGAAAACGAGCUUACUUUAAGAAGAUCAGUAUUUUGGUGCCAUCAACAUGGAGCGAUGAUUCACAAUACGAGAAUGCAAACCUUGAGACGUUUGAAAAUGCAGACUUCCGGGUGGACACAUGGUAUAACAAUAACCCAUAUACCAGGCAACUCGGUCAAUGUGGAGAACCCGCUAGCUAUUGUCACCUGACUCCGGACUAUGUUCUAGACACACACAAUGACCGGUUAACAAGAUGGGGACCACCUGGUCGUUUGCUCGUACACGAAUUUGCUCACCUGCGGUACGGAAUAUUUGACGAGUACGGAUUACUAGGUAGCACAGAGACACCGCCUUCCUAUAUGGACAGCAACGGGAAAUACGUCCCCACAGGUUGCACGGAUAAAAUUAAAGGUACAUACUGGAACAAAAGGACCAAUGUUACAUGUAACGAUUUCAAUAUGGCAACCUUCCCAGAGGAGGCGGACUGUAUGUUCAUACCAGAUGUGAAACAAACCGCCAGAGCGUCCGUGAUGUAUCUGCAAUUCCUAGAAUCAGUAAUGCAUUUUUGUGAGUCUGACCCGGAUGAGCCUGAUCUGGUACACAACAUGCUGGCUCCCAAUCUUCAAAACCUAAAAUGCAAUAAAAGAGGGACAUGGGACGUAAUUAUGCAUCACGAGGAUUUCUCUGGCAAUGCAAAUCCUCCUAGAAAUAUUGAUGAUCUUACCCCAGAAAUAACAGUCCGUUACAGGAGAAACUCGUCGCCGUCUGGUAGUUGUAAAAGAAUGGUUUUAGUUCUGGAUAAGUCAGGGAGCAUGAGCACCAAUAAAAGACUCUUCGCUCUGGCCCAAGCCGCCUACAAAUGCAACAUAUCAGGUAUCCAAGACCGUGAGAGUCUUGCAGGAGGUUUGGCUACACAAGCAGGCGGGUCGACUGCAAUAGGAGAGGGCGUUAUUAAAGCUUUAGAUAUGCUGAAAGAGAAUGGAGGUUCUACCAUUGAUGCAACGAUAUUAGUUUUGUCGGAUGGUCAGGAAAAUGCUGGCCGUCCCAUAAGUGAAGUGUUAAGUUCGGGAAUUCUGGACAACACCAGAGUUAAAGUUGAUAGCAUUGCCUUCAGUAGAAGUGCAGCCCAAAGUCUGGAAGACCUUGUGAAAAGAACUGGUGGUACUCCACAUUUCUACUCUGAAGAUCCGACCUCUACUGCUCUAGAAGAUGCCUUUAUCAAGUCAAUGGGGGAGACUAGAGACUGCAUUGGAAUCUCGCCUGAAGUGAUACGGAGUGAGAAAACAUUUAUAUUAAGAUCAGUCUCGACCCAAUACAACAUCUCUGUAGAUGGCUCUCUUCGGUACAACACUACAUUCAUGUUUACCCCACCAACUAAUAUAACAUAUACGGGAUCAUUAUCGGUAACAGUAACAAGUCCAAGUAAUAUAACCUACACAGCGACAAGUCCAGAAUACACGGAGCAUGCCAGCUUUUUUGUCAUCAGAUUUGUAAUUCCAGGAAUAUCAGAUGCUGGAACCUGGACAUACGUUAUCCAAAGUUCUAACUUCAGUGGCCACGUUGGGGUAAAUAUACGAUCUUUUCCCCAAAAAAAUUCUGAAGGAAUCACUAUGAAAUCUUGGACGAACAAAUUGGAGGUGAAUGUACCAAAAGAUACAUCUAUUGUAUAUGCUGAGAUAGCACAGGGCUAUGCGGCUGUAAAAGGAGCACAAGUAGAAGCUGUUAUUGAACUACCAGGGAGCCAGUUCACCAGGAUUGCUCUCUUUGACAAUGGUGCAGGUAGUGACAACUUCAAAGAUGACGGAGUCUACUCUAAUUUCUUCCCUGACGUGUCCGGUGAUGAUCGAUAUUCUGUUACCGUUAAGGCAAGUAACCCCAACGGAUCCGCUAUGGUGCAGCGUAACGGCGCUACUUCUGGAAGUUCAGCGUAUGACCUCUCACAGGAGGAGAAUGAUGUUACGUGGGAAAGUAUAGGAGACUUUGAAAGAGAAUCAUCCGGUGGAUCGUUUAAGGUGGCAAAUUCAUCAAGAAAAGAAGAAUAUCCUCCCGGGAGAGUUGAUGAUUUUUCAGUCGAGAGGGUACACCCAGAGAAAAGAAUUGUGGCACUGACAUGGACAGCUCCUGGUCAGAAUGCAUUUUCAGGAACUGUGACUGGAUUUGAGAUAUUUGUGCAUCACAAAAUGGAGGCCCUUGUUGCCAAUCAUCUCCAUGGUUACGUGGUGCAUAAAUCAGACCUGGUGGAUGGAUCACUAGAACCACUACCAGCAUUCAGCAGACAUAGAAUUGUGAUCAGACUGCCAAAAUUUGGCGUUGAAAACGAGACGUCCUACAGUUUCGUGAUGUGGUCUUGGGAUGAAUUGGACAUUCGUAGCGACCUGUCUAAUUACAUAAGUGCUAAUAUAUUCGUGGCCACAACUAUGGGACCCACCACUGAUCCGGAAACAACUGCCCUAACUACCACACAAACUAUUUUGACCGAUGUCAUAACGACUAUGGGACCCACCACUGAUCCGGACACAACUGCCCUAACUACAACAAAAACUAUUUUGACCGAGGUCACAACGACUAUCGGACCUUCCACUGAGCCGGAAACAACUAUGGGACCUACAACGGAAACUCUAGAUCCUACUACAGAGGCCGAUACAACUACAAACAAAAGUAGUGGUCCUUCGGCACUAGGGCUAUGGAUUGGCAUUCCGAUUGGUACUCUUGUAGUCAUCAUACUGAUCUUUAUGUGGAUCUUUGUUCUGUGCCUUAAAAAAUCAAGGAAAAGGCAUUCAAAGAAGUCCAGCUCUAGAUGGUCUGAUACUGAAAAGGGCCGGGGAACGCGGAAAAGAUCAUCUAUCAGUGAAAAUGAUCAAAUCAGUCCAGCGUAUAUUAAUCCGAUUUACGACUCUGAGGCAUACGGGUCAACACCGGGACAUAGUAGAACACAGGGAUAUGGAAUGAGACCUCCACUAGAUCUUAUGUAUAGUGCAUACUCAAUAUCAAACCAUAUGGAAACGAUGUAUGAUUGAUUGCUUUUCCCGCCAUAUGAGUAUUUGGCUAUGAUGUCAGACAAAUCUUAGUCGUAGUAUUAACUGGCCUCACGAGGCAACUUAUUUUGUUAGCUUGUAUCUAGAAGUGCUUGGGAUAGCCCGGAGACAUGGAACUGCCUGUGCUUAAGUUUAAACAUUAUUUUUGCGAACAGUCUAGUAAAAUCCGUAUAAUUCACAAUGAUUCGAAACUUACACAAUCAAUCGGCUGGGAUAUAAACCUGCUUUUUCCUGUAAUUAUUGAAGUUCGUAGGAAAAAUCGUCCAUACAAGAAGUGAAUUACUUAAAACCCCUAUAUAAAUUUUAAACCACUUUGGCUUAUAUUG